AUGGCGAAAGCGACAAGAAAGGUCACCUCCACUAUCCAAACUGAUUUGGCUGAAGACCCCAGAAGGAUUAAACCAGACCCAGACGGACGACCGGCGAAAGAAUGGGAAACCCAGUGGCAGGAGUUCUUGCAGGCAUUGGAUCACCCGCACACCUUAUGGAGAACCCCACAGUUGAAAGACCCCACACCGUGGGAAGACACCAAAGCUUUCCUGGCCUCCUUUCAACAAGUUGCCGAAGCCUGUCGUUGGCCAAGGGAAGACUGGGUGGCCCGGCUCCUUCCGGCGCUCAGUGGCGAAGCCAAGCAGGCUUUUAGUGGCCUAGAUGCCAAAGACCGGGAGGAUUUUGAGAAAGUGACAGCUGCCAUCUUGCGCAGGGAGGCCAUCAAAAUAGAGUCACAGCGCCAGCACUUCAGACAGUUCCGCUACCAGGAGGUGGAAGACCCACAGCGGGUUUACAACCGGCUACAGGAGCUCUGCCGCCAGUGGCUGAAGCCAGACCAACGCUCCAAGGAGCAGAUCUUGGAGCUGCUGAUCCUGGAGCAGUUCCUGGCCAUCUUGCCACCAGAGAUCCAGAGCUGGGUUUGGGAAUAUGGGCCAGAGAACGGUGUCCAGACCGCUGCCUUGGCUGAGGAUUUCCUAAUGAGCCAGCAAGAGGUGGAGACGUGGAAAUGGCAGGUGCCUAUGGGAUCAAAUGCUGUGACAGUGAAUCCACUCAAUCCUGGGAAGAGACCACUGUAUUCAGAGGCCAAAGAGGGGAGUGAUGUGGUUGCUGAAUCCCAAGAUGUUGAUGUAGCUCUUCCUAGUCCUUCAGCACCGUUGUUACCCUCCGAGGGACAAGAUUUGCCAAAUCCAGAGCCAACAGAGGGAUCUGUGGACUUUGAGCUGGCUGUGCAUUUCACUGAAGGUGAGUGGGCUUUGGUGGAUCCAAACCAAAGAGCUCUCUACAAGGAGGUCCUGCAAGAGAACUACAGGGACGGAUCGUCUCUGGGAUCGCCAUAUUUUCUAAGAAAGCUUCACAGAUUGGCGAUGGAUGUUGGAAUGGAAAAGGUUGCAGAAGAGAGAAUUCAGGAGUAUUUGAUGGACCUUCAAACCGAGGGUGACGAGUCAAGUGAGCAGAUGCUGAAAAAAGACAGUAAAGAACAAUCAACAAGCACUUUGUUACCGGAAUCAAAGGAGAAUCUGAUCGAUGUCCUGGAAAUUGGAGAAGAUGGGGAAGAGGAGAGUAGCAGCGAAGACUUAAUAAUCGAAGAUGCCGAAGAAGAGGAAUACCCAAACACCCGUACCGAUAAGGUGUCAAUUGAUCCAGAAGUGAUAGAAGACCAGAGAAGGAUGGGAGACGAGGAGGAGGGAGAAAACAGCGGAGAGGAGAUAGUGGAAGCUGGAAGCAUCGAGAGCAGGGAAGAGGAAGAAUCUCCAUCUCAGAGGUUAGAGGAAAUAAGGCAGCGCUACGGAGAUUUUUGCCAAAACAGCAAUGCUUUCCAGGAGAUGAUGCUGAGACUCAAAGCUGGCUGGCUGGGCCAGAACAAGGACGGCUCGCCUUUGCUGGCAGGUUCGGAGCGACUGCAGCUGAACAGGAUGAUGUGGGGCGGAGACGAAGUCAGCUUCUGUCCCGGCGAAGACCAAGCCGGAGCAUCUGUGGGCGGUGCGCUGGAGAGCCGAGGCUCGAUCUCCAUCCCGUUUGGCGGGGGCUUCUUCGACUUCAGCGAUUUUGCGGUCCAGCAGAGCUUCCUCCAGAGGAAGGGCUCGGAUAUCUCGACGGCGUUCGGGAUGAGCCCGUCACUCCUCGGGGGGCCGGCGGCGGCGGUGGAGAAGCCGUACAAAUGCAACGAGUGUGGCAAGAGCUUCGGGAAGCGUUCGACCCUGAACACGCACGGGCGGACGCAUACGGGGGAGAAGCCCUUCAAGUGCUCGCACUGCGACAAGCGCUUCAGCCAGAGCUCCCACCUCCAGCUCCAUGAGCGGACCCACACGGGGGAGAAGCCUUACAAGUGCCUGCUGUGCGAGAAGAGCUACAACCAGCGCUCCAGCCUGGUCAUCCACGAGCGGAGCCACACGGGGGAGAAGCCCUACACCUGCCUGGAGUGCGGCAAGAGCUUCAGCCAGAAGGCCACCUUGGUCCUCCACGAGAAGAGCCACUGGGGAGAGAAGCCCUACAAGUGCCUGGAGUGCGGCAAGGGCUUCAGCCUGAGCGCCGACCUCAUCCGCCACCAGAGCAUCCACACGGGGGAGAAGCCCUACACCUGCUCCGAGUGCGGGAAGAGCUUUAGCCAGAACUCCCACCUCAUGGCCCACAUACGGACCCACACAGGUGAGAAGCCCCACAAGUGCAUGGAGUGCGGUAAGGGCUUCAACUGGAGCUCGGAGCUCAUCGCCCACGAGCGGACCCACACGGGCGAGAAGCCCUACCAGUGCCUGUACUGCGAGAAGAGCUUCAGCGUCCGGUCGAGCCUCAGCAAGCACGAGCGGACCCACACCGGCGAGAAGCCCUACAUCUGCCUCCAGUGCGGCAAGGGCUUCAUCCAGCGCUCCAGCUUGGUGGCCCACGAGCGGUCCCACACGGGCGAGAGGCCCUACAUGUGCCUGGGCUGCGGGAAGUGCUUCCGGGAGAGCUCCCAGCUCAUCGCCCACGAGCGCACCCACACCACCGAGAAGCCCUACCUCUGCCCCGAGUGCGGGAGCUGCUUCAAGGCCAAGGCGGCCCUCAUCCGGCACCAGCGCAGCCACCUGGGCUUGAACUCCUUCAUAUGCGCCGACUGUGGGAAGAUCUUCUCCUCCAGUGCGGAGAGCCCGGAGAAGUGCCCUGAAUGUGUCAAUCUGAUCCUGAUGUCGGACCUCUCCCGGGUCUCCGAAGAGGCCUUCCCGCAAGGAGCAGAAGAAGGAGCAGCCACAGACGAAAGUGCCAAUGUGAAGAUGUGAAUGAACUCUUCUUUCCAUCAGCUCUUCCCAAAUUAUGACUUCAGAGGAGAUAGUGUAUAAAAGACCUACGCCGUGGUUGUUUUCAUAAUUCAAAGGAGGCUACAUUGGACUUAAAGACUUCUUCCAAAGAGUUGCCCAACCAGGCACGGGCAAGCUUGGGCCCUCCAGGUGUUUUGGACUUCAACUCCCACAAUUCCAAAACACCUGGAGGGCCCAAGCUUGCCUGUGCCUGAUCUACACUGUCAAAUUAAUGCAAUUUGACUCUACCAUAAUUAUACAAUCCUGAGAUAUGAAGCACCAGCUCUUGUUACUAGAGAAGGCUAAAGAACUUGUAAAAGUACAACUCUCAUAAUUCCAUAUCAUUGAACCAUGGCAUUUAAAGAGUUGUCGAGCAGCAUCAAUUUGACAAUAUAGAUGUGCCCCAGGCAAAGCAGAGUAUGUUACAGCCGCACCUCUCUGUCAGUAUUGGUUGCCAGUUUCCUUCAUCGCCUUAUUUUAUUUCCCCAUAUUUCCCUGUUUCUAUAUAUCCCAUAUUCAUUUAUUUAAAUGGAAUUUAUUUAUUGGGUUGCUGUGAGUUUUCCGGGCUGUAUCGCCAUGUUCAAGAAGUAUUAUCUCCUGAUGUUUUGCCCACAUUUAUGGCAUUGGGAAUCUAUUGAGGUAUUAGACUCAAAAUAAUCCUCUAUUGGGGUGAUUCCACCAAAAAUAUAGCACACUUCACAUCUAGCAGAAACUUACGUGUGGUGAGCUGGGAUAAGCCUCUGUUGCUUAGGAUGGCACAGGAUUUCAGAGCCAAAAAUAUAAGUUCAAAAGUAUUUAUUAAAGUAAAAGAAAUAUAUACUGGAUAAGUUCUUGGAGUUAACCAACUUUCUAAAUUUCCUAUUCCAAGGAUGAUGAAAGAUAAAGAUAUCAGAAAAAUGUGCAUGCAGCUACAUCUUGCCUGGAGAAUGGCAAGAUGUAUCCUCACAGGAGGAGACAAAAGGCAAAAGAGGAAGGAAAAUUGGGGCCAACCAUGUGGUCCAAACCUAGACCUACACAAAAUGGCAAUAGGGAGGAAGUUAUCUCAUGCCUCAAAGAGAUCACAUUCCUACAUCAACAAAUGGGAGAGGAGAUAGUAGCAAACAGAAAGAGAGGAGUAAAGACAGAAAGCUCUUUCUAGGAAAGAAUGUAUGAGGACCCGUGGCUGAAGACAGGCAGGGGAGAUGCCAAACUUUAUUAUUUUAUAUAUAAUGUGUUAUGUGUGCCUUUUAUUAUAUUUCUUCUUCGCGGCCACCAAUUUACUCUUCAGGUUUCUCUAGCUGCCACCAUUUAACACUUCAUGAGCCACCUCUUCGUUGGGAUGUUCAGGAAGGUACACAAACUCUUUAGAUGAAGUCAAACAAGAAUAUGAUGUUUAUUUAUACUUGGAACAGUAAAGAUGCGUAUUGGUUUCAAUAAAAAUGUUGGGCUUUGCUCUUACAGAGAAAUUGUUCUAUAACUUGAAUUCUGUGGAAACAAUGUUCCUUCACACAGGAGUACAGAACAGGUAAAGGUUUCCCCUUACUUUAAGUCCAGUUGUGUCUGAUUCUGGGGGUUGGUGCUCAUCUCCAUUUCUAAGCCGAAGAGCUGGCGUUGUCCGUAGACACCUCCAAGGUCAUGUGGCCGGCAUGACUGCAUGGAGCUCCCACAGAACAGGUCUAUUUAACCCUUUUUUAAACCCUCCUCUCCUGAGGCUUGAAACACCAGCACUCAUAGAGGCUAACUAUAGGUAUUAGCCCUUUUUCCCUGGCGGCUUUUAGCUAUAUUCCUCAAAGAGGUAUCUUUAAUAACAGUUCCUGUCCUUCCAAUUCAAAUCUCCAUACCCUCUUUUUAAACACCAAACUCCUAACUUCAAAACAGUAGAAUUCUAACUCAUGAAUAGCUCUUAAACUCUCCCUGGCUCCACCCAUCUCCAGUUGCUAAGCAACUCCCUCCAUUUUCAUCAGCCAAUCAGAGUGCACUUCCAGUUAUGGAGCUGCCUGAUCGCUUUUCCCUUCCUUUCUCUGCUAAGCCUUUACAAGCAAGGCCUGAAACUACCUAUACACCAACCUUGCAAGGUGGGCUAAUCUGUUACAGCAGUGUGAUCCAACCUUUAGUUACCCGAGGACCAAUCAAACUUUAAUAUAGGAAUGUAAUGGCUUCAUUAUGGCCAUUAUAUGGCAGGUUCUUAAAAACCUAAAGCAGUAGGAAGGGUGAACUAUUUUUUUUUUCCAAAUGUUAAAUUAAAAUAUUUUCCCAGUAAGAAGGGCAAGGGCCAACAAAAAUGAAUUGGUGUGCUGCAUGCGGCCCGCGGGCUGCGGGUUGGACCACACUGCGUUACAGCAUGCAUAGGAAUAGAGAAAGAAAUCCCUCAUUCUAAUCCUGUUGUCUUUGUCUAGCUACUCAUUGGGGACUGGAGACUUUUGGAGUCUAGGAUGACACCCAACAGCAGGCAUCCUCGGACAUUUUGCCCACAUCUAUGGCAGGCAUCCUCACAACCUCUGAGGAUGCCUGCCAUAGAUGUGGGAGAAAUGUCAGGAGAGAAUGCUUCUGGAACAUGGCCGUGUACAGUCUGGAAAACUCAGCAAUCCAGUGAUUGCAGCCACAAAAGCCUUUAAUAAUAUACUCAUUUAUUUUUUGGAAAGUGGAAGGACCGGUGAAAGAGAGGAUUUUGCUUCGCCACAGGCCACCAUUUUCUCCUUUGGCUUCCAUGUAGCUUGGAAGAGUCCUAAAAUGUCUAUUUUCCACCUGGAAAAGAGGCAAAGAAGUGGUUAGAGGAAAGGGAUAUAUAUCAGAGAAUAGUGGAGAUACUCAAUUGGGUCUACUGCAAGUAUGAUGCUGGUGGUAUGAGUUUUCCUCCUUUGCCUGAUAAGAGAAAAAGAUGAAUUAAGGUUAGGAGCUUGUCAGCACUGCUGGGAGGGGAUUUUUCGGCCCUGUUGCCCUUAGUUCCAAACUAAAGUUUUGCAAAGUUUUUCCAGUGACUUCUGCCUUAUGAGGAUGUUGUGGCCAACAAACGUUAUUCAGUGGCAGACACACACAAGCACAUUUGAAAAUACUUUCUCUGAUCAGUGCUCCAAGUGAGCAACAGUGUCUACAUGGUGCUUUUGCAUAUUUGGGCAAACUUGGUUUAAGCCAAUUGCCUUUGCUUGUGAGAACUCGGGUUCUUUGUUUCCGUCUUGUUCGCAUUUGGCUUCAGGUAGCAGGCUCAACUGUCAAUAUGUGUUUGUUAUUUAUUUUAUAUGUAAAUAUAUAUAAAUACAUAUAUAUAUAUGUA